CAGAGGAUGGCAUCUUCUUCUUCCCUAGCGCGGGGAAAGUGAGCCCGGAAAGAGAAAGAGGAGGCGGGGACACCCCAAGGAAUAAAUAAACAAACACUGGACACUCGCUGCAGCCGGACGCGGGUCAGCUGGGUCCAGGCUGGGUCGCAGCUGAAGGCCGGCGAGCGGGCCCGCCUCCCGCCCUCGCGCCCCCCCGGAGCUGGAGCAGGCGGCGGACGACCGGAGCCUCCUCUGCCCUGGAUGGAGCUGAACUUCCCGCGGCCGGAGGAGCGCGCUCGCCCGGGCGCCGCUGCGCGUUGAGCUCCCGGCGAGACCCGGCGGCCGCUUUGGAUUUGGGGGGGCGGGGACCAGCUGCGCGCCGGCACCAUGUUCCUGGCCACCCUGUACUUCGCGCUGCCACUCCUGGAUUUGCUGCUGUCGGCCGAGGUGAGCAGUGGAGACCGCCUGGACUGCGUGAAGGCCAGUGACCAGUGCCUGAAGGAACAGAGCUGCAGCACCAAGUACCGCACGCUGAGGCAGUGCGUGGCGGGCAAGGAAACCAACUUCAGCCUGACAUCCGGCCUCGAGGCCAAGGAUGAGUGCCGCAGCGCCAUGGAGGCCCUGAAGCAGAAAUCGCUCUACAACUGCCGCUGCAAGCGGGGCAUGAAGAAGGAGAAGAACUGCCUGCGCAUCUACUGGAGCAUGUACCAGAGCCUGCAGGGAAAUGACCUGCUGGAAGAUUCCCCGUACGAGCCGGUUAACAGCAGGUUAUCGGAUAUAUUCCGGGCAGUCCCGUUCCUAUCAGAUGUCUUCCAGCAAGUGGAACACAUCUCCAAAGGGAACAACUGUCUGGAUGCAGCCAAGGCCUGCAACCUGGAUGACACGUGCAAGAAGCACAGGUCUGCCUACAUCACGCCUUGCACCACCAGCAUGUCCAACGAGGUGUGCAACCGCCGCAAGUGCCACAAGGCCCUCAGGCAGUUCUUCGACAAGGUUCCCGCCAAGCACAGUUACGGCAUGCUCUUCUGCUCCUGCCGGGACAUUGCCUGCACCGAGCGCCGGCGGCAGACCAUCGUGCCCGCGUGCUCCUACGAGGAGAGGGAGAAGCCCAACUGCCUGAGCCUGCAGGACUCCUGCAGGACCAACUACAUCUGCAGAUCUCGCCUUGCAGAUUUUUUUACCAACUGCCAGCCAGAGUCCAGGUCAGCCAGCAGCUGUCUUAAGGAGAACUAUGCAGACUGCCUCCUGGCCUACUCAGGACUGAUUGGCACAGUCAUGACUCCCAACUACAUAGACUCCAACAGCCUCAGUGUGGCCCCCUGGUGUGACUGCAGCAACAGUGGCAAUGACCUGGAGGAGUGCCUGAAGUUCCUCAACUUCUUUAAGGACAAUACGUGUCUCAAAAAUGCAAUUCAAGCCUUUGGCAAUGGCUCCGAUGUGACCAUGUGGCAGCCAGCCCUCCCAGCACAGACCACCACUGCCACCACUACCACUGCCUUCCGGGUCAAGAACAAGCCUCUAGGGCCAGCAGGGUCUGAGAAUGAAAUCCCCACACACGUUUUGCCACCUUGUGCAAAUUUGCAGGCACAGAAGCUGAAAUCCAAUGUGUCGGGCAAUACACAUCUCUGUCUUUCUGAUCAUGAUUACGAAAAGGAUGGUCUCGCUGGAGCGUCCAGCCACAUAACCACAAAAUCAAUGGCUGCUCCUCCCAGCUGCGGCCGGGGUGCACUGCUGGUGGUUACCUCUCUGGCCACCCUGUUAUCUCUAUCAUUGGCCGAAACAUCGUAGCUGCAUUCAGAAAACAAUAUGAAGAGACAAAAGAGAAAGAAAAGAAAAACAAGUAAUCUGUUUCCUGUCCUCUUGUAUAUCUGAAAAUCCAGUCUUAAAAGCUCGGUUUCAUCCAACUGGAACUCUUUUGUUUUUAAGAAAGCUUCUUGUGACCCUUAGGGGCUUCUGUGGAACAGUUGCUGCAGGGCUAAUUCCAAACUCAGAAGGCUCUGGGGCGUGGGGUUGCUCAAGGGGACCAUUUGUACACGGGGCUGUGAAGCAAGCCGAGGUUAUGUUUUUGAUGGUGAUGGUGAUGGAGAUGAUGAUUUUAACAGCUUAAACCCUGUUCUCUCCACUGGCUAGAGCAGGAGAUGCGAUUGAUAAAGCUUCCCCCACAUAUUAUGUGAUGGCUUUGAAUCCUGAUGACAUGACUGCAGCCUAAUGUGGGUGGCAGGUGAAGGUCAGCCUCAGGAGUGGACUCUGUGGACUGUGACUUGCCCUAUUGUUCACCUUUCUGUGUGUUCUCCAUGGAGUGUGUAUGUACCACACACAGUUUCGUGCUUUCCAGCAGAACAGAGAAUCCCUGGUCACACCCAAAUGGAGAACUGGUCAUUUAGUCCAGUACAGGAGAGUGGGUGUGGCCCUCACACAGCAUCUGACAGUUGACUGAGCUUUGCCUGAGUGAGAAGCCCUUAAACUCACAAGAGCGAGACAUGCUGAAGCGCAGCAACUCCUAAUGCUUUCCACGCUUACGAGGCUACAUGGAGAGAAGGGGUUACUUUUCUCUUCAGUGAUUCCAGAUACUGGCUUUCUACAUUUUGGAAGUAACGGAUCUGUCCUCAUUUUUAACUGAUGCUUCAAUACAUGCCAUGUGUUCUCCUCUCCUCGGUAGUCCUAGCUCCAGCACUGACUUCAUGGAUAUGGUUCUCAAAAGCAGGUCCCAGUUGUGUGCACGGGGAGGAGGAGGCAGAGCAGCCAGCCCAUGUCUUGUAGCUGUGUGCAUGCGUGGAACAGGUUGUGCAGGUCGAGGGCGUCACUGUUUGAUGGCUCUACUUGGCAGAUGACACAGUCCCGGGCCUGACUCUAUUUUCAUGUUGUCUGGCAGAGGCCGUUGCUUUGGACUGGCACAGGGCUGAGAUGGAGAUGGGCUGCCUUCUCUUUCAAAGUUGACCCUUGCCAGGAGACAGUGUCUUUGUCCCUGACUGCAGCACCACGUAGCACAGUUUGGUUUUGAGGUCAUCAAGCAUCUUCUGUAUCUGGUUCUAGGACCUUCAUGAUGGACAGUCCAGGCAAAAAAGGAAUGGUAGUGUAUGGAUGUAGAGGGCCAGCAUGGGGUCUGGUGAAUUGGUUGGCGCAGAUCCACAGGACAGGAUGGGACUCUGACACCUGGUUUAGACCACACACACCAUCUCCUGGAGUCUGCCUCCUUGCCUGAGCAGAGCCCUUAGGAAUAGAUCGAAAGUCUGCUCUGCAUGGGCAGGUUCAGAAUCUGCAAAUGAUUGUGUACUAGCAACCGUGCCUCCCCCAAAGUGAAUACAGGAGAGGAGGGCCUUCCCCUCAUUGAGUCCUGGAAGUAUGAUCUUGCUUCCCACCCUCAGACAGAGGGAGCCCUGGUGUAUGCAUUGUACAGACACCUACCGUGUUCUCUGAGGUCUGCCUUGGAGGAAUGACAGUUCACCUGGGGAGGGCCUCUUUUGUUUUUUGAAGUGUAUUUAUAUCCAAAUGUUAAUGAAUACCAAUGUAAAUUACUCAGCAGCAACAUUUUUUCCACUUCAAAGUGUCUUCUAGAAGAAUGCAUCCAACAACCAAGUGUACCUGACCUGAUCGGUGGGAAGUUCCAUGAAGACUUUGAAUAAACACAUUCCUUGUGUCGAAACAUUUAGGAUGUCAGUCAUGAAUGGAAGUACAUCCCUUCCUGAGCAUAUUUCAUUUUAAUUGAGGUAUAUCCAUCUAUGUGCGCUGGACUAAUUGCAUAUGGUUCAGAUUGGACGUGAUCCACCAGAGGAAGCUGUUGAUCCCUCCUGCAGUACGCUGCGGCUCUAAUUAGCUUCAGAGGACCGAGGAGGAAACAGGGGCUCCAUGCUAACAAGGGCGGCCUUCAGCACGAACUCAUAGAUAGGCAACCUACAAAUUAAACCUUGAAAAUCUCUGUCACCACCACCACCAACAAAAAAUCUCAUUUUCUUUCAGAAAUAAAAGUGUAUCAGAGUUACCAGAUUGUGAAUUUGAAAAACAAGGUGCUGAUUAAAUAAGAGAGGGAAAGGCCUCAUUUGGGGACACAUGUCAGAGAGCAUUACAAAACCGAACUAAGUAAGUAGUCCUGUCGUUCGCUGUGAUCUCAGCUGGCCACUGUGAGCUUGAGAAAGUGAUUUGUCGCAAAACCAGAGCAGGGAAACGUGGCAGUCUUCGUGUGCCUGACCUCCUCUGGAGCCCUGACAAGCAAAAGCUCCACUGCUUCCCGUCCCUCUUCGGUCCCUUGUCACAGACCCAGGGUUGGUCUGCUGAGGCUGGAGUCCCUGUUUUGCCAGUGCGACAGACAGCUGUGUCCACAGAGUGACUCAGAGCCCAGCCCUGCCCUGCUCCAGAGAGGGACCAAGGGCAGAGCCUCAGUGAGCAGAAGCACAUCCAUUCAGUUUGGUCUGAAAUGUCCUUGAACAGAUGCCAUCUGAGUCUUUCUAAGAGCACAGGAGGGAAGGUGUGCUCAGCAGAGUGCACUAGGAAAGCAUGAGGGUGGUGCACAACAGUGCUGGCCACUUAUUUUUAUCACAUCUGAUUUUCUUCAAAUCUCUAACAGAAAGAGUAGACGUUGGAAAUUGCAUAGGCUAUUUUUAAUCGAGUAAAGCAAACUGUGUCUAGAUGGAAUUGGAGGGUGGCUUCCGUUUUAUUUUUAAGGCAGUUCCAUAUCGUAUAGUUAAGCAGAAAUGUCUCAGAAGUUACAGCUUUUGAGUUCAUCCCUGCACGAGCUCUCCCAAGGCCUGAGUUCAGUGUUUGGGCUGUACAGGGCUGUCUGUGCCUGUAAGUCAAGGGUAGGUCACAUUUCCCAUGAGCUUCCUUGUCUCCAUAUCAGCCACCCCAGAACACCCCGUCUGCUGGGUCAGAGAAAUGAGAGAGGGGGAAGUGUGCUUGAGUCUGUAGUUAGGAAGAGACGUGAAAGCAGAGGAGGGUUGUAUAAUUAGCAAAUUGUUUUCUUAGAUUCCCACAUAAACACACUUCAGUCAUUGCAUACAGUCGACUCAGAGGGGCUGUCCUGUGGAGUGUAAGUUUUUAUUCAUACAGUCAGACACGCAGGGCUUGUUUGAAUCAGUGUGGGGCAGAGGGCUUGCUUAAGUGAGUUCACAGUCUGACUUUGGAGUGCUGUCUUGGUCUCUGAGACUCGCAGCCCUGCCUCUCCACUGAUCUUACUUGUGCUCUUUGCCUAAGCAAAUGAGACCUUGGGAGACGCAUCUCUGUAAGAAAGGCCACAGACAGUGGCAGUUGAUGAGUGGAUCACCGUGACCUGGGCACCACGGGGCCCAUGUGCCCUGAGCUCACAGGGUUUGGAGAAAUGCAGCAGAAUCCAGGGCAGCAGGGAGCCGCCAUGGGGGGCAGCUCUCCUGACCUUCUCACUGGAGGGCCUUUCUCCUGAUAAAAGAGCCAGUGUCCUGAAACAGCAGGAGGGCCUCUGUAGACAGGAAGCUGGGGUCAGUGUCUGGGUGAACUGAAAACCAGCUGAUGUGGCCAGCUAACCUUCGAAGCUACGUUUUUCUUUUCCUGAGCAAGGGAAGCUCACAUCUUUAUCUGACUUGUCUUGAGUCUGACACAGCUUUUCUUACUGAGCGAGUUUAAGUUUGUUGUCUAGGAUUCUUCAUGAAUAACUGUUGCCUCAGAAUAAUAGUCACUGCAGAGGCCUUACUCCCAUGGGGUUUGCCUCCGUCCUGGCAUCACUCCGUAGAAUAUUUAUCUCCCGAGGAGAGCUGUCUUCAGCUGCAGUUGGUUCAGUUCCCUUCCUGUUCGUUACUGAAGCCCUUGGGUUCCCUUUCCUGUUAUCUGUGUACAUCACACAGUCCCUCCAUCUCUCCUUCAGCCAUCACCCUAAGUGCCGCCAGAAUCCACCACAUCACACAGUCUCCUCCAUCCCUCCUUCAGCCAUCACUCUAAGUGCCGCCAGAAUCCACCGUGUGCCAUCAUGUGUUCACUGUAUGAAAGGAGACCUAUCUCGGGAGCCACCGUUGCCUCCUCUUGAGAUCCCCCUUCUCUUGGGGUGUCCUGCCACUUACAUCCUAAAGGGAAUCCCUUUGCUACUCCUGGGGCUCUCUGAUGGCCCAUUCUUCUUCCUGGAGGCGGCUCAGGGAGCCUGUUCAUCUGCAUGUACCACCUGCAUUUCUGAUGAGUUCUGAGACCCAGCCCAGAGGGGUGGAGAAGGCAUGCAGACCCAACUCCAAUAAAGCGCCUGCUGAGUGCUGCAGCCUGCUGAUGGCCGCCAAGGCCUCAGAGGGGUCUGUCUCCAAGCUCAUUUGACCCACGCAGCUGUGACUUGGGCUGCCUGCCUCUGGCAGGUGCCAGUGUCAGCAUCUUGUCCCACUGCCAUGAGGAGGAGCUCAUUCUCAGUACAGGGCAGCUGCAGAGCUCAGCACCGGCAUCAAUAGAAGGAUUCUCUGCGCUUUCUCUCUUCAGCAGUCUGCAACUUUCUUACUAGUCCCCACUUUUUAUUUUAUAGAAGAUGCUGGGAGCCUGACCGGAAACGAACAGCUUGAGUCUGAACACGGCUCUUCCCAGUUCAUUGCCUCCCCUUGGAGGCACAGCCCCAUAGUAGGUACUUUAACCAAGACACCUAAGGGCUUCAUUCUGCUCCAUGACAGCGGGGGCCUCCAGUCACAUGCCUGCUCUGGCCUUGAAUGGCCCUUACGGUAGACUCUUGAGGUACUGAGAUCGCCCUGAGUGGAGGAAGGUGCUCAGAUGACCAUGCCUGCUGGGUGCCGAGAUGGGAACACGUAUCCCCAAUGUGACCAUCUGAUCCCAACAGACCUGUGCCUGCAGAGCAGUGAGCCCGCAGAGACCCAGCCCUCGUUAGAUUGGCAGACUGCUACAGUCCUGCAGCCUGAUACCAUCCUUAUAGUUAUUGGACUAUGGGUAUGGUCUCCAAGAGGCGCAUCUCCAUCCCUCUGGACACAGCAAAGCUGGCCUCUGUGUGGGGGACACAAACGUACCCCGUGGUCUGAGCCGCAGAUGGCCAUGAGCUUGGCUGCACAGGUGCGCCAGUGUGGGUGUCUCAGAGGUCCGAGCCGGCUGCAGGGCAAAGGCAGGAGGGCCGCAGAGCUGCUUUGGGUGGGAUGGCAAAAGGCAGUGCUGCUUUAGAAUUAACCGAGUUAGCGUGCAGAGCCACGGCUUUCGUGGUUACAUUUUCAUCCACACGUCAGUGUGUUACACUUUUUCUCAUUCUCCUUUCUCUGCUUUCACUCCCCAUCCUACUGGUGCUGUUCAUCAGGGUCCAUUUAAACAGCAAAACUCUGGAUGUGUACAAGGAACAUGGGUGCCCACCACAUGGAACACAGACCCCUAAGUUCAUGGGACAACGAAAUGGAAAGUCCUAAUGCAAGCCCUGUAGGAAACCCAAGGUUUCUUGUUUUUACUAGUAAAGAGCGGCACCGGAAACAGGUCAGUGUGGUGGUGGGUGUAGGGCCAGGAGAAGGCAAACAGCGCCUCCUUACACACUGGAUCUCCAAUACCACCAGCUCCCCCGCCCCACCUGUCUCCAUCUCCUCAUCCAGGCAGGGAUCAUCUAGGCAUGAAAGGUGGGCUUGAUCUGAAUUUGGAUUUUUACUGUUCAGCUGCAGCUGAGAGAGAGGGAGAGGAGAGGGCAAAUCACAGACACCCUGCCUUCCCUGGCUGGGGCUUUGCUGCAUUCAAGCCCUUCUGCUGUAGUUUUCUGGAUUCAGAAAGAGCUGGUGUCCUCAGAGAGUUGGAAAGUGGCUUCAGAUCCCCAAAUCCUGAGCCUUGCAGCUUUCCUAAUGAUCUACCUUUUCUCUUCUCCCUCACCCGGGGAACAAGGGAAUGCUGUUCAUCACACAGCUUGCUUGAAAGAGUUUCCUGCCUUGUGCACAUUAUCCCUUGAUAUGGAAAUUAUUUUCUCCGUUUAAUCCGGCUCCUGCUGGGAAGCUGUGUGGGAUUUGGGAUGCGGGAUUUUCUCUUGUACUUCCCAGUGCUGUGGUGCUGGUGCAUCUUCUCCUCCUAACUCGAGGGCAUGUCUCAGAUGCUGCAGUUCUAGGUCAUGCAGGUGAGCUAUGCAGGUAGAGGCAAGGACAGCUUCUGGUCCAGAGGGUAGUUUUAGAAUUCUGACCUGAGCAAGGGUCCAGACACCAGCCUCCUGAGAGCCAGGGGAGAAGAGUGAGCGUGGCAAAGGAGUCGGGUAAGGAGAGGCAGGCUGUCCAUGUUAUCUUGGCAGCCAGGGUUCCUGGGGGGAAAUUGCUGAGCUUCGAAUCUUCCCAGGUCGCCCACACGUCUUCACAGCUGCGUGGACUGCUUUGAGCUUCAGAAGACCACUUGCGCAUGGAAGGACACCGUUUUCUGUGUGAACUCUGGCACAGGUUCUGGGAUGUUUGAAUUUUUUGUUUGCCUCUUUCUUGCUCAAACCCUCCAGAAUGUAUGUAGUUCCUUUGGCCCCCUCCACCCCAGAUACCAUAAUAAACAUUCUUUUCUUUUAUAUAAAACAGUGGUUUGCACUUCUUGUGUUGGUGACAACAUCCCCAACAGAGGCAACUUUAGGGUUUACGUCAGCGUGGCGUUUGGGAUGGCACAGUCCUCUCUGAAGAACCGUGAUACCAGAAUGUGGGCUGUGACUCCUCACAGCUCUGUGGGUCAAGAAUCAGAAAAUUCAGGCUGGAAGUGGGACCAGACCAGAGCCCUCAAGGCCCACCAUCCAGCAACCCAUGUCCUUCCGCUAAGCCCCACUUCCUAAAGGUUCUGGAACCCCCUAAAAUAAUGCCACAAA